CUCAUGGACAAAGCCACAAAAACGUAUUAUAUCCGGGUCCACGGCUGGAUCGUGGCCCAUUAGCCGAUACAGCGCUAUUCGGCCAUUCCAAAAGUCCCCGCCGAAGAGUCCUAUAAUAGUCCCUACGCUCCCAUUACUAGUAAGUUAUUGGUUUAUGGAGCAGUUUUUAGAUGACCGUAACCGCCGAAAUAUUUACUCAGUGGUUUUUUAUUAUAGGAAAGAUUUAACCUAGGAAAGGCUUCUAAGUUUAUAGGUUCUGCCUAUUUGACUAAAAUGUUAAAAAUUUAAUUAAAUAUUUAAAAAAAAACUCUCUAUAGAAUAGAUAAGCCUCAUAAUGCUUACAAACUACUAGACUAAUACCUUAUGCUGGACAUGAACGAACUUAGUCUUAACUUCGCCCCAAACUGCAAAACAUUUCACGAGAUCAAACCUAAGACUUUUAUUAUUGUUUGCGCCAACUUCCUACGCGAAAAAUCUGUUGUUUUAGCGUAACAUGAAUAACGAAGUUAUGUCGUUUAGGAGUUUUGUCCCGGCGGCCUGAAACGUUUACUUUUAUUGUCCAAAUCUACCCCCGGAUGUUAGCGUAAUCACCGUCUCGGGAUUGAGCUACGACCGGACACUUUUACACCGAAAUGAAAAAUAAUUAAACGGUUUUAAUAUUGAAGUAAAAAAAGUACCUAGCUCGUCUUAAACUAGAAAGUCGACAGUUAAAGCAACACGCACAUCAUUAUUUUGAAAAGAAUACCUACCCCAUUCGCGAUAGCUUUCAUAAAAGGCUGUAAGCUGCCGGUGUGUUCGCAUUGUUUGCCGAGCGCAGCCGAGACGCAUCCUGACAAGCGCUUAGUUGAACCCGUGUAAGUAUGACUGCGAAAUCUCUACCAAUAUGAGUAAACGGGGAGAGCAGUUGUACUGGUUCACUAAAAGUUUCGACUCUACAUCUUCUCAAGCCUAAAAUUCACCCCCCAACGGUGCAAAAGACACCCUUCGUAGCUUCGGUGCAAAGGCGUCCUCGUAGCCGUAGCGCGUAGCGUCCUUGCGAGGCGCGUGCGUGCGUCAGUCGGCCGCAGCCGCGCGACGCCGCACCACGCCCGGCAUGCUACGCGCCCGGCGCUGCCAAUCUCACAGAAUCACCACACAACACCGCGCGCCCCUGUGCCGACGGCGGCAUGUUGGGCGCGCGGCUGAAGUCCUGGAUGGAAGCGCAGCUGGGGCGCGCCAAGAAGCGCAAGCAGAAGCAGCGGCUCCCCGCCACCACCGGUCCGCUGCCCCCGCCCCACCUCUCCUCCCCCGAGAGCGCCUACAGCACCGGCUACUCCACUGAUGGCACGUCGCCCGGCGCGCCGCCCGCUACGCUCGCCGCUCCGCUUGUCGCCCCGCCGCCGCCGCCUGCGCCGCCCACUACACACCUUUACCAUGAGCCAGCUAAGCGUCGAUCGAGCGUGGGAGUCCGGCGCCCGGUGCCCGAGCCGCCCGUGGUGUGCAUGACCCCGUCUCCCCGGCCUCGCUGUCGGAUCCGCACCAACCCCUGGCUGGGGGCUACGUCUCCCAACCCCCGACGGCGACCCCCGCACCUUCUACAUCAGCAAUCGCUCCAGUGCCCGCAGCAGACGCCUCAGUUACACCACGCGCCAUACUCUUUGGACUCCCAUCCUGUUAAGUUUAGUAACAGGUCACCGCACCUGUCGCCCCACUUGUCACCACAACCUCGCUCUCCGUACUACCGCGAGGGAGCGAGUAGCGACGAGGAAUGCAGGAGGGGCAUGCGCACGAGGGGGAGAGAGACGGCUAUACUGUCGGAUGCUGAUAUAGAUUCUGAUGGGGAUACAGGGCUGGAUGGAGGGGAUGAGGACGAACCCGAUGAGACUGCUUCGCCGGGACGAAGACGGGCGAGGAGGAGGCGGCCGCCACGACGACCGCCGCGAUCAGCUGGAGCAACACCUCCACGAGCUCGACGCCGGCACGCUCCAUCAGCGCCACCGGUCCGCGAGCGCGACCCGCUAUUGGAGGCCGAUCGCGAGGCCGAACGCAAGUACCGCGAGCUUAUCCGCGAGGCCGAGAAACUGCUAGUGACCGUAUCGCGGGCUCCGCUCGAGCCACCGCACAAUCCUAGAGUUCGUGAGCUUAGGGCUACGGAAGUGAGUAAAAUAGUUAAGUAAACUAUCAGUAUCGUUGGCCCUACUGG